AUGCCAUCCCCCGCGGCUUCAUCAUUCCAAGAACCACAAGAAUCUGGAGAAACUCCAACCGACUCCCCGACCCCGUCUCCUGACAACACUGCCCUAAACGAAGCCGUUGGUGAACAGCACGAUGAAGCCCCGCCUCCUUCCGCCCGACCUAUUAGGAAGUAUACACGCCGUCAACUUGUUCUACUCUCAGCCUCGCCGUUGGUGAAACCGCCACUGAAUAUGCCAGAGCUGAAAGUGUGGUUUGGAACUGAAAACGAAAAUUCUGUAAAAAAGGAUGAUCCACCAACUUCUGGUGGGCCGAGGGAACGACGAUAUCGCCGUGAUGCUGAAGAAGGAGAUGUAUCUGCACGACCUUCAUUCCGCACUGCGCUCACUCAGCCGUCUCAAAUGGGAAAUUUCAAGCAUCAAUCUUUGCGUCCGAGUGAUCGUGACAGGGACAGAGAAAGAGAAGGCGACAAAGAAAGAGAACGCGAUAUGCGCGAAAAGGAAGGCCAUGAAAGGCUUCGACAUUUAUCAGAUAAGUAUGACCGUGACAGGCUUUCACUUCCUCUGGCCACAAGGAAAGAUCGAGAGGUGGCUCCUCAUCUCAAUGCAAAUAGCGCCAGAACGCAACAGUCGCUUUCUUCAAACGCUGCCUCUCGGCGGGGAGAUGCCCGUGAAACUAUCAAGAAAAAAGUUGGUGAGGCAAGCGAGGAUUGGAGAAGAGGUGCAGAGCCUCCUCGGCCUAGCCGCGAGGACCGUAUUGACAAUGGUAGAGAAAGAACUCGGGAUUCCUCUCGACCUAAACGGGAUGCUUCUCUUUCAAGAAGGGACCGCGAAGAACCCCGCGAUAAGCCCCAACGGGGGGACCGUGAGCGUGAUGACCAUCGACGGGAUAAAGACGUUGACGGGGAAGAGGAUUCUCGCCGUUGGAGAGAUGACGGGAAACGCGACGAAAGGAUAGCAACCUCACGAAGAGAACGUGGACGAGAUAAACCCAACAAUGAUCAUACUUGGGAAGGAAAUGCCGAUAAAAGAUGGGCUACUAAUGAUGACCGAGCAUACAAACGUUCUUCUGCCCGCGAACGAAAACCUGGAAAUCCCUCUGAUGACACCAAAGACAAGGAUGAACGCAAGGACAAAGAGCGUGAGAAGGAGAAGGAACCUGCUUGGAUGGAUACAUAUGUCCCCAAUGAAGCUACGCAGGGAAUACUUGGCGGACAUAGCUCGACAGGAGAAUUAGAUGGCAUCCAAGCCUGGAAAAAGGGAUUGAAGGAGAAGGAAUCCAAAGAAAAAGAGGCAUCUUUACCUCCCUCAAAAUCUACGACGGUCGACAAAGCGUCUCAACCUGCAACGUUGCCUGGGAGGUCGGAAGCUAUGGACGAAAUACAACUUUUUAAACUUCUCAUGAAACAGGAAGAAGAGAAGAAGAAAAACGACCUCGACGAUAUUGCUUCAAAGAGUGACCACGCUUUGCAGCAAAUGAUGAAACAAGAGAGUACGAUGGCUUCGACAUCCAAAGGCAGGGAAAACGCCGUUGAAGAUUCCCUUGGUGAAUCCUAUUCUCAUGGCACCAAUUCCGAGACCAUCCGGCCCCAAGCUCAAAGUACACCUGCCUUUUCCUCUACGUCUCCACCACCGUUUCCGCCUGGUCUGAAGGAUUUGGCAGUCUCUAACAAAGCCUCCACCGAAUCAUCUCAAGGUCGAACGUCUUCCGAAGGAAGGGAACCAAUAAAUCUUGGUGCCUCUCACGACUUACAUCAACCUACAGCAUUGAAACCCACAGAUUCUGUUGCUGUGUCUUCUUUCCAACCUCCUCCUGGCUCUCGGCUGCUUGCUUUUGCACGACCUCCCAUCAAAGCUCCCAAUUCCGAUAAUUCAUCCAACACUCUUCAGACUUUGAACGGAGGUUUACCAAACGUUACAUCAGAUUCAAAUAUCGCAUUUUCCAAACAUGACUCACCUCGUCCUCAAUCCGGAUUUUCGCCAUUUGAUGACCAAACACGUCCGCGCUAUGGCUUCGAUGAGCAAAGAGAGGCCAAUAUUCUUGUCAACACGCAUCAUCGAAUCCCAAUCGAGCAAAACUUUAGCUCCAACGUCAAUUCUCCGAUGGAAACCAACUACAAUGGCCUAGGAGCAAAAGGGAGUCGGUUUGCUAAGUUCUUCGAUGGUAAGGGUCGGGAUGGUACGGCGUCCGGAAAACCUCAGCUGCAAGGCGGCUUCACGUCACCAUCUCCUAAUCACGGUCAAAGACAAGAUCACCCUAACAUAAAUCAAGGAAACCCAGGUGAUCAGCGUGCCAUGGAGGAACUUUUUGCGAUGCUCAACAAUUCGUCUCAACGCGGCAAUGUAGCUACUAUUUCAAACCCACUGCUCAAUCAUAAUGGAGGAUUUUCAUCACCGGGAUCAAGUUUACAUGCUCACCAGCAACAACACCUUAUUCCUCAGCCCCAACACCAUAGCAAUCGACUUGAACCUCUAUACGACAGUCGAUCAGACGAUCGCAGCUUUGUUCCUGAUGGGAUGGUCCCAGGCCUACGACCAAUACCUCCACCUCCUCCACGUGGUCGAGAACCACACUUUGUCGAACACGUUGACGAUCCGAUGCACUACAAUUAUCAACGUCUACCCCCACCACAUAACCAGCAACAGCAGUCGCGGAAUCUUGAUCCGUUAUACCCUACACCUACCUCUCUCUACGCUCAACAAGGCCGACCGAAUGCUGGACUCAAUCUUCAGAAUCUGCAGCAGCCUAACUUCAGAGGCGGUCCUUCUCCGAACUCCGCCCAGGGUGUUCCCAUUCCAAACGGGCCACAGCAACGACUUCCCCCAGGCUUAGCUAAUCUGGGAGGCCGUCCACCCCAUGAACCCAAUCAAUUUCUGGGAAUGCCGAACCUUCCGACAUCUGUUCCACAUAACCCUCUUCAUACCAAUUCUCAACUCCAAAACCCACAACUUCCGUUCAGCAAUUUCAAUGCAACGAGCGCCAUUGGGUUCAACGGUAUGCAGGUUCGCGGUCCAGUUCCUGGACCGCAUCUGCACAACUCUGGUGCACCGUUGGGAAACAAUGCUCUCCCCAACUUGGACCCCAGGCUAUCUGGCCAUCAUCAUUUAAUGGGUCUUGGGGGUUCAGCUAUCAGUGGAAAUCGGCUCAACGGUGGAUUCCCACAACAGGGCCCUGCACAACAAGCACACCUUGCCAUGCGUUCACAGCAACAACAACCUCAGAGUCAUCUUCCCCCUCACAUGCUACCUCAUCUAAUACCUCCUCAUUUGCAACAGGGCCAUCCCAAUUCUACCAAUCAGUCUCAUGAUUUGAUGGCUCUCCUCUUGGGUGGACCUCACAGAGAAUAA